AUGAAGGGGUUGUCCUGCCCCUGCCUCUCCCUGCCCCACUGCUGGCAGUCCGGGUCUUCCUUGAUGGCUGAGGGCUCCAGUCCUCAGGCCCCGGGGAAAGGGCCCCUGCUCAGCAUCCAGCUCCUGCGAGCCCAGUACGAAGGCCUGAGAUCCCGGCAGAGGGCCCAGCCCCACGUGGUGGUGCUCCCCAAAGGGGGCGACAUGCCUGCUCCUGCUCAGCCCAUCAUGAGUGCUGUUUGGAUUAACAAGGAGCGAAGGAGCUCGCUGUCCCUGGACGAGGCCGAGCCUGAGGCCAAGGGGAUGCCGGAGGAGGCCAGCAGAGGCUGUCUUCAGAUCCCCACGUCCCCGUGGCACACACACCUAGAGAUGCAUUGUUUGGCACAGACUUUUUGUCAGGAAGCCAGCCAUCAGGUGCAGCACAAGGGCAGGCUCGCUGGGUCUGACCAAAGACUCGCUCCAGAAGGAGACCCAGGCUUGUUUGAAAGCAAUCAGAGAGCUCAGCAAGAGCUCGAAAUGCCAGAGGCAGCCCAAAGUCAAUGUCACGUGGGCAAUACCCAGGCAAAGGCAGAAGAAUCUGGCUUACACAGGAGCAUUCAAUGCCCUCUUCCCUCAAAGAACCUACACAGACCUGGAAAAUCAGCUCAUUACCCAUUUCCUCAAAAGAAAACUCCCAGGAUCUCCCAAGCUGCACGAAACCUGGGCUUAUAUGGACCAGCCUGA